AUGUCAUUUUUAAAUACAGCUAUAAAUAAUUUACCUGAAACAUUAUUAGAAACGACCAAUUAUUUACAAAAUUUAUUAGACAAUGAUAAUCAAUUAUUAGAAUAUUUAAAUAAUCAAGGUAACAAUUCUCAAAAUUUAGAUACAAUUGACAAUCAAAAACAGAGUUACUAUAUACCAACUAUUGAAGAUUUUUCAGUUCAUGAUACAAAUAGAUCACGUAAUAAUUCAAUUGAUUAUUCAUCAUAUUAUGAUACUUCAACAACAACAAAUUCAUUUUGUACUCCAAGAUCAAGUUUUACAAUAAAUUCUAUUGAAUCAGAAAUUGAAAAUUUACCAUCUUGUUUGAAACCAAAUAUUUGGAAAAAUGAAAUUAUUAUUUCUAAUCCAUUUAUUGAUCAACAAUUUAUCAAACAAUAUCAACAACAAUUACCAACACCAAAAUCACUCAAUACUCAAAAUGAUAUACAAUUACAGAUUCAACAAAAAUUAAAUUUACUGAUUCAAUUAAAAGAAGAACAAAAAUUAAAACAACAACAGCAAGAACAAAUUGAAUAUUUCAAUUCAAAUUAUAUUAAUAAUGAACAACAAAGUUUAAUUAAUUUACAAAAUCAACAAUCUAACAAUUUCAGAUCUUCUCAAUAUCAACAAUUUGAUCAAUAUCCAAUUUCACCAAGUGAUUUACCAAAUUUUUAUAAUCUGCUUGUACAAUCACCACCACCACCACCACAUCAACAACAACAACCUCAACAACAACCUUAUUUAACAUUUAGAAAUUAUUGUGGUAAUAUUUUCACUGUUCCUUUUAAUUCUAGAUUUUUUAUUAUAAAAUCAUAUAAUAUAUUAGAUGUAAAUGCAAGUUUUACUCAUAACAUUUGGACAUCAACAGAAUUAGGUAACAAAAGAUUGGAUAGAGCAUUUAAAGAAUUACAAACAUCAAAUUCUCAAAUUAAAGGUAAAGUUUUUUUAUUAUUUUCAGUAAAUUCAUCAGGAAAAUUUUGUGGAAUUUCAGAAAUGAAAAGUUGUUUAGAUUAUUCAAAACAAAGUGAUAUAUGGUGUGAACAAAGUAAAUAUAAAGGUAUAUUUCCUGUUGAAUGGUUAUUAAUUAAAGAUGUUCCAAAUAGAUUUUUCCAACAUUUGAAAAUCCCUGCUAAUGAUUUUAAACCAGUUACUAAUUCUAGAGAUACUCAAGAAAUUCCUUUUGAUAUUGGAAUUUCAAUGUUAAAAAUUAUUAGUUCAUUUAAAAAUAAUGAUUGA